UGUUUGAGGGACUACUAAUUGGAACAGGGCAGCUAUGGCGGCCAGUGGAAGUAGCACACCACGGGUAACCUUUCUGACUCCGGAAAAGCCUGAAAAGGCUGAAGAACAUGUGAAACCCAAGAAACUUGGCAAGCUCACAGUGAAAUAUAACCGCAAGGAGAUACAGCGCAGACUCAACCUGGAAGAAUGGGUAGAUGCCAAGCUUCAGGAGUUGUACCAGAGUAAGGAUGUGCCAAGGGACAAACAAGUGCAAGCAGAUAUUGAUAUUGAUGAUCUUCUGGAUUUGUCAGUGGAAGACCAGAAGCGGAAACUGCAGGCCAUCCUGAAAGAAUGUGCCAGGCCUACGGGGGAGUUCACAGCAGAGCUUGUGCAACGUCUGAAAGGUUUGCGGAAGAUAUCAGCCCUGCGGCGCAAGUAAUGAACAUACAGAAAAGUGCUAAAUCAAGAUACACCAGCUUUUUGCCUUUAAUUCUUGCACUCAUGGCCAACCCACAGUAGUUACAGAAGCAAUUUUGUCAGCGUUAUUUAUAUAUCAAAAUUAUACUUAUAGCUAACCCUAAAGGGACAGACAUAUAUUUUAUUAUGGGGUGUCGUCUGUCCUAAAGACAUUCUUUAUACAAAAAUAUCCCUAGUACACAGAACAGUGGUCUUACUAGUGUGUGCCAGGCCCCACUGCAAAAAAAUCUUCAGAG